GUCAACUUCCGGAAAGCAUGGAAAUGGCAAAUAACGAAGAUUUAUACGAACGGUGUCUUUUCUUCUAAGUAAAAUAAUUAUUGAAGCUUAAAUUUAUACAAAAAUCAUUCCAUUUUAACUAUGGGGAAAUCCGGGCAUCACAAGAAAGAAAAUACUUUCAGGUUCCAAACCUUUUCAGAAAGGAUUACCAACAUAAACAUAGAUGUCAUACAUCAAAUACGACACCAUGACGACACACCAGAGGAAACUUUGUCCUACUUUGGAGAAGCUUUGCACAAACAGUCUGAACUCAACUGUACAGAUCAUUUUGCACAUUUCAAGAAAGAGAUAUCAGAUCAGGUCCAGACAUUUGCUCAGCUUGUCUACCAUGAGGAAAAUAUUGUAUCAGCCCUUAAGAAGCAUCUUGUUGUUGCAAACAGCAUGGCCCUUCCAGCACUACUUGAUUUGCUGGUUCAGUUAGCAAGAGAUUUACAAGCAGACUUUUAUCGACAUUUUCAUGAAUUCUUCGAUAUUCUUGUCAAACUUCUCAACACUUACACACAUGAUGUUGAAGUUUUGGAGAGCACCUUCACCUGCCUUUCCUAUAUCUUCAAGUUUCUAUGGCGCUACCUGCUGAAAGAUAUACAACUUGUUUACAGGUAUUUUUCAUCCUUGCUUGGCAAGCAGUACAAGGAGUAUGUACGUAACUUUGCAGCUGAGAGUUUUGCAUUCCUUAUGAGAAAGGCAAAAGAUCCUUCAGCAUUGUUCGAUUUCUUGUUCUCUACACUUGAAGAAGAACCAGAUAAAGCAGAGGGGAUUGGUAGAUUGUUGUUUGAAAUGAUGAAAGGAGUGAAAGAACAGUUCCACAGCUGUACAGCUAAGGUUUUUCCUGUACUGAUGAAGAAGCUGGGUCCUCAGGAGAAACAAGUAGUGUUACCAUGGCAACAAGUGGAAGUUUCCAUGACAACAUUAAUUGUAUCAAUGACAGGUCAUUCCAGUAAGGAGCAUAUGACACAGAUAUGGGACAUGCUGCUGGCAUCUUUAACUGAGACCUAUGGUAGAUGGAAUAGUAAAAAGAAAAACUCGGAGAAACUGAAAGUGACAGAAACCCUGGAGAGGCAGUUAAGACUGAUUAAACUAUUGAUGGAAUUUCACGAUGGAAAGUUGAUAGCUAAACCUGAUGCUAUAGCCAAGAUUUUGAUAGAUUUUCUACGAGGUCCCAGUCUAUCAGACUCUACUGGACUGGUUCUGUUGGAGGUUUCUGGUUGCCUGUUGUUAACCAGUCAUACAAAACUGGAGAUUGAGAAUACUUCUAAACUUAUCCCUUCAGUAUUCAAGACAAGCUAUCCUGUACACAUGAUAUUUGACUUCACAAGAAGGUUAUUUGACCUUGCCCUCUUUGAGAAGGAUGUUCUACCAUCCCUCCUCAAGUACUGUGAGGGAUGUAUGAGUGAUGGUGAGGAGGUAGAGGAACAAACACUAUUGUUAAUUACUCAGUUACUACUCAAUAAGUGUCCGCUACCUGCUGAUGGCAAUCAACUGGACCAGAUGGAUACAUACAUGUUAGAUUUUGGAACAGGAUCAUCAAAGUUUCCAGGGUACAUUAAAAUGUGUGUAGAAACCAAUGUGGAAACAGAGAGCAUCACCAGUGUGGCUAGGGUGUGGGCAGCUUUAGUAUGUUUGCCUCAUGUCAGACCUUUAAAAGAUAAUGGAAAACAUGUAGAAAUGCUAUCUAAAUUGAUUGUGAAUUUAAUGAACUCUGAAGUUGACUCUGGAAAUUCAAGUGAGAAUCAUGACUUUCUGGCUUGCCAAGCUCUGGUUUCCAUGGUGAUGAUUUUGCAGAAUGAGGAUGUAUUCCAGCAUGUUCCUCUCGAUUCUGUCAUCAAGUGUGUAUGUGAGAGAAGCAAGAAUGUACACAUGUUGAGGCUGGUGGAUAUUUACUUUACACAUGCUGUUAAUAUGAAACAUGAGGAUGUUUUACAUGUUGAUACGCUACUAAGAAUAUUCCCAGUUCUACAGGAAAAUCUCUCAUCACCCCACUCUCUGGUUCGCUUACAUACAUUGAGAAUAUUUUCUAGCUUUGAUCUUCCUUUACCACCAACUGACUUUGAAGUUUUAGAUAUUUUCACAAUUUGCCUCUGUGCGGAGACGACUGCAGCCAACGUACAUGAAUAUCGUGAAAAGUUGAGACAUCUUCAGAAAUUAGAUUAUACAACAGUACAAAACAGUAUCCCUGCAGGUCCUUUCAGUCAGGUUCCACUGAGAUAUUUAAUUGGAAGUUUGUUUGUGAAUUUCAAACUGCUGUGGGAACCAAUCAGAACCCUGAUAUCUAGUCAUGCUCACAAUAUGGAGAGAGAUGCAUUUUGGGAAGUAUUCUCUCAACAGUUAGAAGUUGCUGCAGAAAGAGCAGAAGUAGAAUUGUUUGGCAAAUCAUCUGCAAAGAUAGCAGAAACAGAAGACGGACAGACAGACGGUAUAAUAUCGGUAUUCACACAUACUGUUCAAGAGCUUAACAGUUGUGCAGAACCUCAGCCCAGUUACAGCAACUUCAGGGUCCAGAUGUGGAAAACCAUGCAUGAAUUCCCAGAGAAAUGCUCCUCAAAAUCUAGAGUCUUUGUACCUUUGUUGUUUAGGUUUCUGAAGAAUGAAUACUACCUGACAGAUUUAAGUGUUGCACCAAGUCAGAAUGUGCUGAGACAGAUACAAGAACAGGUUGCCAUGGAAACAGACACUGAGGAAUCAAAUACAUUAAACAGUGAAAAAUCGAAUAAUGUAGAAAUGAAAGAAGAUGAAACUCAGAUGUCACAAAAGUUGCGAAAAAGGAAACAAAAUGAAAAUGACUCAGAUGAGUCUAGUGAUGAUGAUGAUGUAGAAAAUGUGAGACGAUAUACUAGAAGUAGAACUGCUAAUAUUAAACCUGAUGGAACUGAAGAAAUGAAAGCUGAUGUUGAGAUAGGUAGAGUUAGGACUAGAAGUCAGUGCAGUGUAGAUGAUGAAUCAAGUGAAACUAAAAAAGUAUCAAAGAAGUUGAGAACUAGAGGUAGAAAUCAUAGUGAAACAGAAGAAUCUGACAUUGAUCUAAAUGUGAGAAAGAAGAAGGGGGAUAUCCAGUCAAGAAUUCAAACAAGAAGUAUGGAUGAUAGCGAAAGUGAAGCAGAAAAGUCAGGUAAAAGUAAAUUGAAAAAAGCAACUCCUGUAAGAAGAAUGAGGACUAGAUCUUCCCAAGUUGAUACAAGUGAAGAGGAGAUGUCUGAUGAUGAUGAUGAUGAAGAAAAGGAAGAGGAUAAUAGUGAUACAGAAGGUGACAAUGUUGAGGAAGAAAACAAACUCAAGGAAAAGAAAAGGUUAAGUGCAAUACAUGAGACUAAUGAUGAAAUGGAAGUGGUUAUGAAUGAGAAAGACAUGAAGGAAAUUGAGAAAGACACUGACAAGGGAAAGGAGAAGAAAGGUGGCAUUAACAAAGAUAAAUCAAGUAAACAUGAUGAGGGUAAAGCUGUUGUGAAGAAGCAAAGGAAAGCUGCAGCCAGUUCUCUGUUAGUACAGCUUGAACUGUUUGCAAAGUUUAAAGAUCCAAAAUCUAUGUUUAUGGAAUCUCAACUCAGACAACUCUAUUUUGAUUUACUUGUACAUAAAAAUGCAGAUGUACAAAGAACAGCUUUUCAGUGUAUUCUGACAUACAAGUAUAAAUAUCUUAUACCAUAUAGGGAAAAUUUUAACAGACUUCUAGAGGAUAAGUCGUUCAAGAAUGAGAUAGUUCUGUUCAGUAUUGACAAUGAAAACAGUGUUAUAGACAAGGAACAUAGAGCAGACGUUCUUCCUAUUCUCAUGAGAAUAUUAUAUGGGAAGAUGCAUGUAAAAACAGGGAAAGGGACGGCUGGAAAACAGUUUAGCAAGAUAAGACAGUCUAUAGUGUUACGCUUCCUCAAUGGCUGUCAGAAUGAAGAACUGAAAAUGUUUAUAGACCUUGUGUUUACUUCAUGUCAGCAGUUUAUUACAGAAAAUCCUUACAAGAUGGCUCAAGAUAUAAAAGAAAAUACUGAUUUAACAAACGUUCUACCUGUGAAGAAAAUGCAAGGGGCUUUGAAUUCUAUAGAUAUGAUCUUUAAGAAGCUGGGUCACCUGAUGGACUCAUUUCUUCCAAGUAUUAUACAGAUGAUAGUUGGACUGGGCACACUGUGCGGUGUAUUACUUGAGAAUCGCAACAGAUUGGUACCCCAUGUAAUCAAUCCCCUCAAAGACAUCAGACAGAAUUCUAUUUAUAGAAUGAUUCAGAUACUGGAAGAUUACGACAAGUAUCCUUGGAGACCAGUUGAGUUGGAUGCCAUGUUUGAGGCCCUGGUGUGGCCCCAACUUGAUAAACUUUCGUUUGAGGGUCUCUACCAUCCUACCCCAUUGCUAAAGUUACUGUUGUGCUGCACAAAGAAUCCUAGGUAUUUCUCAUUGCUGGGAAAACAUCACAAAGACAAACCAGAAUUAUCUCCCCUACCACAGAUAAUGAAACUUCUGCUGAAGAAAGAUGUCUCUAGUCAUGUGACAAGCUGUAUCAUGGAGAUGGUUUAUAAUCUUCUAGAAGAAACGGAUGAAGAAGAAGAGGUCAAGGUCAUUGAGGUCAAUAGUAUGAUCAACCUGCAAUCUGCUGAAAACGUCAAAGAGAGUGAUAUAGGAAUAAGGCUGAUACUACCCCAUGUGCCAGACAUUCUAGCUUACAUCCAGACUUUUGUUUCUACACUGAAUACACAACUUCAUAAGAAAAGUAAAAUCUCAGGCAAAGAACUUGACAUUCUUUCCAGAGUCAGCAGCUUUGUCCAGGAUGAGGAGAUGAGUGCAACACUUGUCAAUCUCUUACUGCCCUUCUUGAAUCCAAAAUAUGCAAAACCUCAGAAAGUAGAAGAGGACAUAUUGACAAGUAUACUCAAUCUACUAAAGCAUAUCUCAGACAGGAUGCCUUUCUUCAAACCUAUCAGUAAAUUGUUUGCCACCCUGCCACAGAGGCCAUCCAGACUGCUGCUCACUCAAGCUUUUACUGUUAUUUGUGAAGAAGAUGAGGAUCUCAAACCACUUGGUGUUAUUGUACAACGGUUGAACUCCUGGGAUCGUACACGUAUGGACGAGCCAGAUUACAUGUUGCGGCUGGAAGGUUACAGGUCAGCGACCAGUCUGUUGAAGAGUAUGGUUGCCAUGGAUACAAGGAUCUGUCUCACUUUAAUAUAUAACUGCUGUUUCUUUAUAUCUACAGUAGAAGAUAUGUCUCUACGUGAUAGCUCCACACUAUGUAUGGUUACCAUGGUGAACCAGUUUGGUGUCCUACCUUUUGAUGAGGGGACUUACAAAAAAGUGAUAAUUUUGACUCUAUUACAACAAAUUAAAACUGGACUUCGGAGCAAAAAACAGACUGUGUUCCAUGAGUUUGUCACUAUAUUAGCUACAUUGGUGGAUACAUUUGGAGACCAGCCUACAUUUACAGAUCUCAAGCCUCUGCGUGAUAAAGAUAUUGAUGCAGAUUUCUAUGAGAAUAUCAAACAUAUUCAGGUAUACAAAAGAUCAAGAGCUCUGCGUCGACUGAUCAAGUACCUAUAUUCCAACAAAGUGAAUUUUGACACCCUGACCAAUAUAUUCCUACCAAUGGUGUCAUCAUUCCUGAUAGAUGACCUGUACAAGAAACAUACCACUGUACUUGAUGCAGCUGUAGAUGCUAUAGGAACAAUAUGUAAACUGUUGCCAUGGAAAUCUUAUCUCAACCAGCUAAGACAUUAUUUAACUUUACUGUCAAGGAAGUUGGAAAAACAGAAGCUACUUGUGAGAGUGAUUGUGUCAGUACUUGAUAAUUUCCACUUUGACUUGAGUAAGUCAACAUUGAAUGUUAAGAAUACACCAGUACCUAAAGUAGAGAGGGAGCCCGAGGAGAAACCCAGCAUACAACCUGAUCAGGUGGAUUUACAGAAAGAUGAAGAAACUGCAACAGAAGAUGCUGAAGAACCUGUAACAGAGAUAAAUGAGGAAGGGGAGACUACUGAGGUAGAACUAGAUAAAGGGAAACAACUCUGUUCUGAACCAUUAGCUACCAAGAUACAUGGAACUAUUUUGAAAAGUGUUAUACAUCAGUUACACAGAAUUCUAGUACAGAAGGCACGGAGUGAUGGAGAGCAUAAAAUUGUGAAAUCAAAGUAUGCUGAGGAUGAGGAGAUUCUGAGAGUGCCUAUAGCUCUUGCCAUGGUGAAAUUGUUACAGAAUCUGCCUAGAGGGGCACUGGGAAGGUACCUUCCAGGGAUCUUGCUGAAAGUUUGUAACUUCCUCAAGUCAAGGUCUAUAGAGAUAAGGAACACGUCUCGAGACACACUAGUCAAGAUACAGACCACGCUCGGUCCACGGUUCUUCCCGUUUAUCUUGUCGGAACUGCGUGGAACCCUGAGACGUGGAUACCAGCGUCACGUUUUGUGUUACACAGUUCAUCAGUUGUUGAAGCAUAUGGAGUCAGUGGUUAGACCUGGCGAUAUUGACAUUUGUCUAAAGAAUCUACAGGAGGUAUUGAAUGAGGAGAUAUUUGGUGAGGUAUCAGAUGAGAAGGUCGUAGCAGGGAUCAAGGCCAAGGUGUUUGAGGCAAGAAGCAGUAAAAGUUACGAGUCAUACGAGUUUAUCGCUCGGUACAUCAGUCCUGGAUCUUUGAUGAAAUUUCUAGAACCAAUCAAGAAGAUUCUAGAUUCAACCAGUAGUCACAAGUCAGCUAGGAAGGUUCAUGAAGUUUUGAAGCGUGUUACUGCUGGUCUCCUUGACAACAAGAAUGUCACCACAGAAACACUGCUAGUGUUUGUUCAUGGUUUAACCACCCAGACUUUACCUAUGCUGUCCGAAGAGAAAGUUGCACCUAAGGUAGAGAAUACCAAGAACCAGCCAGGAAAACAGCCUCCCAGUUGUCUUCUAAUACCUAAAGCUGCUCCCCGUGGUGGUCUGAAACCUAAAGCUAGCAAGAAAACCAACAAACAUGUACUUGUGGAAUUUGGACUACAACUGUUGAGUAUGUGUUUGAAAAAGCAGAAGAUUGUGAAGACAGACAGUUCACACCUCCAGAUGUUAGAUCCUCUUGUAGCUAUGUUAGCGGACUGUCUCUACUCCAAAUAUGUCUUGGUGAAUGCAAACAGUCUUAGAGUACUUUGUAAGAUUUUGAAGUUUCCAAUUCCGUCUUUAGAAACGCACAUCUCUAGGAUCUCCAGUGGAAUGUUUAUAUUACUCCGCAAUUAUGCCUCUGCUGGAGCAGCAAGGGGAGAUAAUUUGGAGCUGGUCUCCAUGCUAUUUAAGGCAAUUACAGUGUUAGUGAGAGAAGUGAAAUUUUACAAUCUAGAGCCAGGUCAGCUGCAGGUUCUGCUGACAUUCUGUGAGGAAGAUAUUCAUGACUUUAAUAGACAAAGUACUGCUUUCUCAUUGCUCAAGGCAAUAUUGUCACGUAAACUUGACAUACCAGAGAUACACGAGUUGAUGAAGAAAGUGGAGGAAAUGUCAAUCUCAGCUGAGACCGCCCAUGUUCAGAGAGAAUGUAGACAGGCAAUGAUGCAGUAUUUACUGGAUUAUCGACAUGGUAAGAAGUUAAGAGGUCAUCUACAGUUCUACGUCUCUAACCUCACCUUCGAGCUGGAGACUGGGCGAGAAUCAGCGCUUGAAAUGUUGGCUUCCUUCUUCACAUCCUUUCCACAGAAUUUGUUAGCUGAAUAUUCGGGUUUAUUCUUUGUUCCUAUGGCAGCCAGUUUAGCCAAUGAUGAGUCAGCAAAAUGCCGAAAAUUAAUUGCGCUUGCCAUAAAGACUUUGUUGGGAAAACUUGAGCAUAAUUCUAGAACCAGUCUGUUUGGAAUUGCCUUGAAAUGGUUUAUGGAUGAGAAGUUAAGACACAGAAGCCUGGCAGCCCAGUUAUGUGGCUUAUUUGUAGAGGUAGAGAGUGCUCAGUUUGAGUCGAGGUUGUCAGAUACACUUCCUGUGAUAGAACAACAGUUAGAGCCAGGCAAAUAUAAACAGGUUGAUUCAGCAUCAUUAGAACACGACCAGGAUCUGAUGAUAUAUCACACAUUGAACACUCUACUGAAGAUUCUCAGGGAAUGUAGUCAGCUGGUUACCAGCUCGAAAUGGGAAACCAACAUGAAUGUUAUAUGGGAGCAUGUCGUGACCUACCUGAGCUAUCCUCACAUCUGGGUACAACUUGCUGCAUCACAGCUGUUUGGCUUGUUGUUUGCUGCUUGGCCUCCAGAUCAGCUGGUAACCAAGGCAACCAAAUCAUCUACCCAGUAUAUAAGUGUAGACACAUACAAAAAGCUGAGGACUCUGUCAGGUGAUUUUCUCACACAACUACAGUCAGAACUUCUCAAUGACGAGCUAGCUAGUCAGGUGAUAAAGAAUAUGAUAUUCCUGACGAAGUGUGCGAGAUAUAUGUCCCAGAUAGAGCAGGAACCUGGGGAGGGGGAGGAAGAGGAUAAGGUUAAAGGUCUAUCUGUACUCUGGUUGGUCAGAAAGAUGGUUAGAGAGGCCAAUCAUGAGGCCAUAAAUAACAAUAAGAUGACAAUAAAGAGAAUACAUGUAUUCAAGUGGCUUGCAGCAGUGGCAUUAGACAUUGGUGACACUAUGGAAACUAACGUGUUAAAUGCCAUGUUACCUCCCCUGCAGAGAGAACUCAAUGAUCAGUCCAUGUAUCAAGAUGCAAGUUUAAGGAGCCUGGCUCAAGAGGUAGUAGAUUUAUUGAAGAAAACAGUAGGAGUGGAGAAGUUUACAGGUUCCUAUGCUAGCACACAGAAAGUACGAGCGGAGAGGAAAGAUGAGAGGAAAAGACAGAGAGCAGUCCAGGCUGUUGCUAAUCCAGAGUUGCAUGCAAAGAGAAAGUUAAAGAAGAACUUGAACAAGAUAGAGGCAAAAAAGAGAAAAAUUGAACAUUUCAAGCCUUCUAAGAAAGCAAAGAAGAGAAAAUAUCAGGAAUUUGCUAUAACAGACUAAAUCUAAUGGGUUGUUUUGCAAGUGUAUGCCAAAAAAUUGUUGCGAUGAUGAAUGAGUGACUGUUGUG